AUGUAUCGCAGAGACUAUGUCUACCUCAUCUUCUUCCUCAUUCAUAUCCCUAUCAUCUUUCUAAUCGACACCGUUCCCCUUCAACCAACCUACCUCCGCACCGACCUCUCCCAAUCCCUGCGCAACUUCUACAUUACAACCUACCGUGAUAAGUUUUUCGAAGAACCCACUCCAGUCUGGUUCACCACAUUUAUUUGGAUGGAACUGCUGUACCAUGUUCCCCUGAGUGCCUGGGCUGUUUGGGCAUUACUUCGAGAUCAUCCACUUUUGCCUGUGAAUCUUCUUAUCUUUGGAGUUCAGGCUUGUGUGACGUCUUUGACUUGUUUGGUUGAGGUGUGGAGUUGGGAGGAUCGUUCGACGGAUGAGAAGGUGCAGAUUACGUAUCUGUAUGGGCCUUAUGUUGCUUUGGGUGCUUUGAUGGCCUUGGAUAUGGUUCUCCGCUUACGAGAGAAACUUUCACUCUCCAAGUCUAAACGCGAGUAA